AUGGUUAGCAAUGAUGCAGAGAUUGUAAAGACCAUUAUCCUUCCCUCAGAAGCUGACAAAAGUGCUCGAAGGGAAGAGAUGACAAGACUGAGCGACAAGAGGGCUAAACUAAACGAAGAGAUAAAGGAAUUCUCGCACACCAUCAGACCAAUAGAGUUUGAAUCAUACCAUGAAUUCUUCCUGAUUCAUACAUUCAAGAAGGGAAUAUCAGCCAGUGGACACGUCGAUAUAGAGAGGUUGAGAAGUAGAAAUAAUGGCACGGCCUAUCGUAGGUCGAAGAGACAUGCGGAUAACGGUACCGGAAUACCAAGCACAUCAAGUUCUAAUAGUACGUUAUCCGAUGAUGAGGAUACUGAGAAUGAUGAGGACGGUGAGCACAAUAGAAGCCCUUUCCUUGACGCUGACGGCGAUAAAGCGCUGGAUGAUUCCAAGAAUAGCUCAACAAAGAGAGUUACGAGAGCUCAGUUGGCAGCAAAGAAGGAGUUGGAAAAGGAGAGUGAAUCACAGGAGAAGCAGCUUGAGAAGUCGGAUAGAACCUUAAUCAAUGGCGAUAUAUCUGUUGCCAGUAUAAUAAAAAAACCAGAACCAGAUGGUAACAUUCGAAGGUCCUCAAGGCUAUCCCAAAAGACAAGCGAAGGAUCUGGUCUAGGUUCUGCUGGGACGACCUUCAUAGAUGUUGACACUGUACAGAUCAGAGACCUCUAUGAGUCGCUAGUGCCCAAGGUGAAGGAACCGUAUAGACGCUCAGAUUGGGUACUGCCUUCGAGAAAUAGAUACACCCCAGAAAAGCAGAUGCGCACCAAGCACUCUCACGAGGUCGUUAAGGUCAACGAGUUGGUAGGAACUGACAGGAUACGAAGCGUUUUAUCCAAAUUCGAAGGCGGUGUGGCCGGUGUCAGGAAACGAACCUAA